UAGAAGAGACCAAAAAUGUUCCUUGAAAACAAGAAGUGGGGAAAGAAACCUGGAAGCUGGAAUCAGGCUCCAGUAUUCCCAAAACUAUCUUCAAGAAGCCAAACAUCUGAACCGGAAGUGAGAGACAGGAAGUAGACCGCGGAAGACCACAUGGUUACACCCAAGCGUGGGUUCCGAGGGCUCGAAAUCUUCGGUGCCAACCGAUUUAGGGCGGUGGGGAAGGGUCCUGACACAAAUGGCUUUCCCUGAGCCCAAACCGCGGGGCCCGGAGCUGCCGCAAAAACGAGUGAAGACGCUGGACUGCGGGCAGGGGGCAGUGCGAGCUGUACGAUUUAAUGUGGAUGGCAAUUACUGUCUGACGUGCGGCAGCGACAAGACCCUGAAGCUGUGGAACCCGCUGCGGGGGACGCUGCUGCGGACCUACAGUGGCCACGGCUACGAGGUGCUGGACGCGGCCGGCUCCUUUGACAACAGCAGUCUCUGCUCCGGCGGCGGGGACAAGGCGGUGGUGCUGUGGGAUGUGGCAUCAGGGCAGGUCGUUCGCAAAUUCCGGGGCCACGCGGGGAAGGUGAACACGGUCCAGUUUAAUGAAGAGGCCACGGUCAUCCUGUCUGGCUCUAUCGACUCUAGCAUACGCUGCUGGGACUGCCGAGCUCGAAGGCCUGAGCCAGUGCAGACGCUGGACGAAGCCAGGGAUGGCAUAUCCAGUGUGAAGGUGUCGGACCAUGAGAUCCUGGCAGGCUCCGUGGACGGCCGGGUGAGGCGCUACGACCUGAGGAUGGGGCAGCUCUUCUCGGACUACGUGGGCAGCCCCAUCACUUGUACCUGCUUCAGCCGGGACGGGCAGUGCACCCUAGUGUCCAGCCUGGACUCCACAUUGCGGCUUCUAGACAAGGACACCGGGGAACUGCUGGGCGAGUACACAGGCCAUAAGAACCAGGAGUACAAGCUGGACUGCUGCCUGAGUGAGCGUGACACACACGUGGUCAGCUGCUCCGAGGACGGGAAGGUGUACUUCUGGGACCUGGUAGAGGGUGCCCUGGCACUGGCCCUGCCUGUGGGUCCUGGUGUGGUGCAGUCACUGUCCUACCACCCCCAGGAGCCCUGCCUGCUGACUGCCGUGGGGGGCAGCGUCCACUGCUGGCGGGAAGAGGCUUAUGAGGCGGAGGGUGGCACGGGCUGAAGUCGGGGGACCCGCCGCCACCAAGGGCACAGACUCCAGGCUCACAGAGACCAUUUAUUGGAGACCUGCUGCUGACCAAGGAGUGAGGGGAGAACUGCACGCUAAUAAAUAGAGGGGAGGCUUCGCUGGUGCGGUAGCCAUUCAGUCCUCAUUCUUCUCGGG